UAAGAUGACUGAAUACUUAUUUAUCACAUCUGUGUGACGUAGACCAUUUCCUAGAAAGCAUACACGUGAACUAGACUUAAAGAUUUAUUCCACUGGGACUGUCAGCAUUAGGUCUUUAGCCAUUUAGAGAAAAGGAAAUAAAUUCUUCUCUAUAAUAAUUAUUGACAACUCCUGAAAGUACUGUAUAUGCUCUUUUAGACAGUUUUUAAAUAUUUAACAUAAAAAGAAAUUUUACUUCUUUUAUGCAGAAAUGGGUAGUAAACAAAGUCUUCUGACAGACCGUGGCUACACGUUUUUGAAAGAUCUUGGAACCAAGAAUACUGGCACCGCAGCUCUGGUGAAUAAAAAUGAGAGGGAAUACAUCAUCAAGACUAUCAGCAUGACAAACAUGGAUGAUAAAACCAUGCAGAGAACUCAAAGGGAAGUGGCCAGUCUGGCAGACAUGGACCAUCCUCACAUUGUCCGCUAUGUGGAGUCCUUUACUGACGAGAACAGCAACUAUUACAUAGCCAUGGAUUACUGUGAAGGUGGAGAUCUCUCUGAAAAGAUUAAAGCCCAAAAAAUUAAAGGUGCUCCAUUCUCAGAAGACCAGAUCCUGGACUGGUUUGUGCAGAUCUGCUUGGCCCUGAAAUAUGUUCAUCACAGGAAUAUUGUACACAGAAACAUAAAGCCUCAGAACAUAUUUUUGACCAAAGAAGAAACCAUCAAGCUGGGAGACUUUGGAGUUUCUAAAAUCCUACGCAGGAAAGAUGAAUAUGCAAAAAACAAGUUAGAAAAACCUAUUUAUAUCUCUCCCGAACUGUGGAAAGGUGACAUUUUUAAUGAAAAAAGUGAUAUCUGGGCUUUGGGUUGUGUGCUGUAUGAACUCUGCACACUUGAGUUUGCCUUUUCACACCAGGAACAAUUCUUCAUGUUCGAGUUGUGGAGCAAGCCAUCUCCACAGAUUUCUGAGAAUUUCUCAGCUGAGCUGCGCAAUCUGGUGGAUGAACUCCUUCAUAAGGACCCGGCCCACAGACCCACCAUUGACAGCAUGCUAAAGAAAGAGUUCUUAGCUAAACGGAUACCCCUCUUAUUAAAGGAUCGGCGUUUGGAGGAAGGAUGUAUGGACAAUCAGGAAAUGCCCGUGGACAGGAAUAUGAGACAAACUUCUCCGGAUAAAGAAGCAUUUAAAAAUCUGUAUGACCGAGAUGUUGGUGAUAUCCUGAGUGUAGUGGAGAAGCUGGAGAUGACUGCAGAGGGUCUGGAACGCAUCCACUUUGGUACCACCGUAGGGAGCCUGACAGCUGGAGGGGUAACUAGCGCCGUCUCUAACGUCACCAACAUGGUGAACCAGUCAAUGGACCGUAAGACUAUUGAGGAAAUCAUCAGUGAAUACCGGGACAAGAUGGAACCCAUCCUAAUGCACGUGGAAGGCAUCGUAUCCACCAGUGAAAACGAAAAGAAGCAUGAGAGCUGCACAGAUGUUGUGGGAGACAUCAGAACAGGGCCUCUCAGCUCCCUCCGUAAGCUGAAGCCACAAGAAACUGUGGUUAAAGUCAGUAGUGUGUCUUGCACAGAAGUACCUGCCACCGCUGGUGGCCCAGGUGUGGCCUCCACUGCCCCACGGGCAAUUGGCCCAGCGAAGGCCACCGCUCCAUGCUUCUUCAAUCAAGAGAAGGCCGCUGUUCUGUGCUUGCCUAACCCAGAGAAUGCUACUACUGCUUUGCAAGUGCCCAGUGCAGCUGCAGCCUGCCCAGAGGAGGAUGAUCCUCCUGAAGACCUUGAAUGGGAUCCCCUGCGGAUGGACCUGAGUUCAGCUACAUGGUCCACUGGCCUAUUAAUAUGA